AUGCCAAAUAUGAAUGGAUACGAGCUAUUAGAUGAAUUAAGGUCUAAUAAAAAAACUCAAUUUAUUCCUGUAAUAUUAUUAUCAGCAAAAGCUGAUGUUGAAUCUAAAAUAAAAGGUUUAAAUAAUGGAGCAGAUGAUUAUUUAAUAAAACCAUUUUCUUCUCGAGAACUAAUUACUCGUAUUCGUACUAAUAUUAAACUCUCAUUUCUUCGUCGUAAAAUAAUAUUUGAACAAUGUAAACAAGAAGAAAUAAAACAAUUACUACUUUCAAUAUCGAAUAUGAUUCUUUCCGGAUUAAGUAUGAAGGAAACAUUACAAUACGUUGUUAAAGAAAUUAAUCAUAAAUUACCAAGUGAAAGAAUAUUUAUUAUUUCUAAUGAAAAAAUUGAAUCUAAAAAUCAAAUAAUUGCCUUAUAUGAAGACCCGAAUCCUCCCAUGGAUAUUAGUGAUAAUAAUGAAAUUAAAUCACAAACAUUCUAUAAUAAUUCAAGAAUUGAUAUUUCUUUAGAUAUAUAUUGUGAUGAUGUUCAAAAAAAUGUAUCCAAACUAUCUGUAGAAAUAAGAUUAAAUAAUGAUUUUUGGGGAUGGAUAAUAGCAUAUAGAUCUCCAAAUUCUAUUUGGUACGAUUUUGAAAUAGAAUUAUUAGAACAAGUAUCGAAUCAAAUAAGCUUAGCUAUUACUCAUGCAGAAUUAUUAGAAGAGAAUCUUUUAAAGAAAAUUCAGAUAAAGGCUGCUGAUGCUGCAAAUGUUGCUAAAAGUCAAAUAUUGGCAAAUACUUCACAUGGAGCGAUAGUGGGCCUUCUUUCUUCCUUCGAGAGUGCUAAUUUAACUGUUGAACAAAGAGACAUGAUUAAUAUUUUAUCACGCGCUUCUGAGACCGUGUUAUCUAUAGUGAAUGAUAUUCUUGAUGUAGCAAAAUUAGAAGCUCAUAAAAUCACUUUAGAUAGCAGAAUAUUUGAUUUAUAUGAAUUAAUCGAUAAUAUAAUUGAAACAUUUGAAAAAGAAGCUGGGGAUAAAAAGAUUGAGAUAAUCGUAAAUUAUGAUAUGGACGUGUUACCAAAAUAUGUUAAAAGCGAUCCUGAUAGGCUAAAACAAGUUUUGUCACAAUUAUUAUCAAAUUCAAUUAAAUUUACCGAAAAAGGUGAAAUCGGACUAAAACUUUCAAUACAAUCACAAAAAAUCAUUGAUGAAAUCAAAGAAAGUACGACUUACGCGAAUCUGCUAAUUGAAUUAUAUGAUACUGGCAUUGGUAUGAACCCAGAAUAUAUACCUGAUUCUUGGAAAAGUUUUUCAAAGGGUGACAUGUCAAUAACUAGGAAACAAGAUGGCACAGGACUUGGUCUUUCAAUCUGCAAAAGUCUAGUAGAAAUUAAUGGAGGAGAAAUUAAAGCAGAAAGCCAGUUAGGAAAAGGAAGUAAAUUUUGGUUUACGUGGAAUGUUGCAUUAUUAGAUACACAAUUUGAUAAACUAAUGAGUGAUAAAUUACCUGAUAUAAAACAAAAACGAAUAUUAAUAAUUCAUCCAAUUGAAGGUGCGAGAAAUGCUAUAUUAAAAUUUCUUAAAAAAGCCAAAAAAGUUGAUGCAUUCGAUACUUUUGACGAGGGUAUCAAAGCAGCAAAAGCAUACAAGGAGUGGAGUGAGCAAUUUGCUUAUGAUAUAGUAUUCAUCAGACUUUACGAAAAUAACGAAGAAGAGACCAUGAAAACUGAAGAUACAAAGGUCUGA